CAACAGAUAUCUAUUGAAUUCUUCUGAUUCCUUGUUACCAAAGUUGAGGCGUGGUCUUACUUUUACACUAGAUUCUUUUAUUUUGUAUUAUUGUUGUGGAUUUUUUAAAUAAUUGCUGCUGUUCUUCCUCUUCUGUGGAUAUCCACUGGAAGUAGUGACAUGUAUAUAAAAGUUGUUGCUGACAGAUGAUUCUUCACAGUGUUACCAAAGUCUGAGCAAGUUCAACAAGCUAAGUGGAAGAGAACUGGCAUAGCAACUAGUCACCCUUUUAUCACCUGUAUUUGCUCAAGAGAUGAAUCUGAUGAUAUACAGCAAGGCAACGGUCAUUUUGCUACUUUACUAUGUAUCAACAACAAACUGCAUCUCCCUUGGAUACCAAGGAUAUGUCUGCAAUCCACGUUUCGCCCAACAAUACUGUCUGAUGGGCUGCUUGAGCUGUAUGGAAUACUAUGGAGUACAAGUUUAUAACCUUGCUCACUGUUGUUAUGACUGCCAGGUAACUGGGGCUCGUUUGAUUGACAAUGGUCCAGAUAAAUGUUCCAUGAAGUACAUCAGAGACACUUAUCGAAUACAGGAGUGAUGCUGCUGUCUGACAGUGGAGCACAACAAGAAGGAAAUGCUUCACUACAUAUUUACAGGUUUGACAAUGAUUCAUCACCUUCAAAAAUUCAGACGGAAGGUGUACAGAUUAUUUCCCUAGUACUUCUUCGAAGGCAGAGUCGAUAAAGAUGAUGACUCUAAGAGUUCGCCAAUGGAAUAGUACAAGAUUCUUGAUGUGAAUUUGUGUACUGAAACAAAUUUUGUGGUGUCUUGGGAGGGUCAUUAUGCCAAUAACUGUAAACACGCACUGGUUCAAUACCACUUCUUUAUUGCCAGUUAAUGUGUUAAAUAUCUAACCAUCUAACUAAUCAAUUGUUUGUUUAGUUAGUUGAUUAGAUAUUUAACAAAUUGGUUAAAAUAAAGAAGAGGAAUUGAACCUGUGCAUGUGUUAUUAUUUCAGGGGUAAUGACUCUCCGAAGACACAACAAUGGAACAGUAUUUAUAGAAAAUAUUAAUAAACUAUUAGAUGGCAG